AUGCCUCGAACAAGGAACUUGAAACGAAUUUUGAAAGCCAUCAAGGAUGUGCUUGAGAGGAGGAGACUAAGGCUGGAUCCGAUUGCAUCACAUCUCGAGCGACUGAUAGGAACAACACAGCUUUGCAAGAUCUUCAAAAGUACAGGCAACCUUGGAAGCAGUACAAGGAAGGAGAAGUCUAAAGAAGUAGCGCAGGGACCUUCUCGACUAUUGUGUUUCGCAAAGACGGGACUCGCACAUUUUCACGACAAAAGAGAAUCGAUCACGAUGUCAAACACCGUUAUUCCCACUGGAAAAAUACCACCACUGAUUCUACCUGCCGAAUUACGCGCCGCAAUCCAGAGCAUGUAG